AUGGAAGCGGGCAGCGGGAGCCGGGCUGAGGAGCGGAGGGCGGGCUGGGGCUCCUGCUCAUCCUCCCUGCCACGCCGACACGCACACGCUGCGUGGACUCCGUGGGAGUCUCUCGAUGCGGCCGCAGCGGGGUCUGGCACGCAGGUACACGGCACGUUCCCGCGAAGCCGCCUUUCCCUGGCAGGGCAGCAGCCCCUCCAAGCCAUCCCCACGGAUUUUUGCAGCUCCCGCACCACCGCGUGCGCGGCCGAGCCCCGCCGCCAGAGCCCCCCGCCGCCCCCGCCCGCGCCGCGGCGGAGCUCGCAGGUAGAACAAAACCACAGAACCCCCGCGCCGGGGGGCAGGGGCCGUCAGGGGAGCCCCCCGGGCGCCAUCGGGCCGGGGCCGGCAGCGCAGGGCCGCAGGGCGGAGGGCUGCGGUCCGCCAUGCUCGCGCGGCGGGGACGGGCUCUCCCCUCCUGUGGCUGCCCGCUCUCCCCCUUUGUCCGCGGCGGCGGGGCGCGGGAAGGCGGCGGGGCCGCGGCGGGUGCCUGAGUCCUCCCCGCGGUCUCAGCCGGGCAUGCAGGGGGAGGCGGGCGGGCGGGCGGUCCGCGCGGGGGGACGGGGCGCGGAGGGAGGGAAUGCGGAGGUUUCUCCUCUCCUCCCCUCUCCUCCUCCUCCUCCUUCGCCGCCUCCUUCAGCGGGGCCCCGCCAUGGCCGCUCCCGCCGCCCGCCCGCGAUCGCUCCGCAUCGGCUCCUCGCCGCCGCCCGGCCCACCCCCCGCCCGCCGCCGCCCGGCACCGCGGCGGCGGCUCCCCCUGGCCUCGCCCCGGCCCCGGCCCCGCUGUCCCCGCCCGGCUCGGGCUGGCGGCGGCGCUGGCGCUGCGGUGCCGCUGCCGCGACUGGGGCUGGCCGGGCACUGCCGCUGUCACAUCCACGUGACACCCAGCGCGCGCGCGGCCCCAGCGCCGCCCGCAGGGGGCGCCCGCGCCGCUCGGGCCGCCCCGCCCGGCCCGCGCCUCAGGGGAGCCGGGCUGUGGGACCGGGGCUCCCAGGACCGGGGCUGCACGAGGAAGGAGUGAUGCGCUCGACGCAGGCGGAGACUCCACUCCGAAACCCUGUGCCCCCUUUUCCUUCCCCACCUGCCCAACAACUUCCAGCCUGCCCCUAUUUUCACUCCUAUUCUCUGCGUACAGCCAAUGGAGGACUGCACGGUGUCAGGAAACCAAAUGACGUCAUGUACCAGCUGUGCUGCACAGGCAUUAGCACUGGAGCGAUUCCUGCAGCGCGUGCAGGGCUGGUGGUUUCCCGUGUUUUCACUGGGUACCAGCCCCAAACUGGAGAGCUGUUUACACCCAACUGCGGCCCAUGCCAGCAUCACUCCAGCCAGACCAGCAGCAGAACAGCAACCUCUCGUGGGUUUCUCUUCAAUGCAGUGAGGAGGAAACCCACCUGGUCAGCCACCAUGCUUUCAGCAGCAUGGUGACACACAUUAUUUAGGGCUAAACAAACGCCUCUCCUCCAGCACUGUGCUGCCCAGGAGCAAGAGAUUUUACCUUUUGUUGAGCACUGCAUGUUUCAAAUACAGACAUUAAAAACAAAUCCAGGUCUUUCUUGUUCAUUACAUCCAGGUCUAAACAAAGAAAAGCAAUUAAAUCCAAAUAUGCUCCAGGGUUCCUACCUGAGAAUCCAGGUUUUGUUUGUUUAUUGUGUUAAAUGGGAUGAAAUAGGCUGAAAGUAUCAGCCUUCUGCAGAAGUGGCUUUUUCAAGUAUGAUGGAGGCAGCCAAGAAGGAGGCAAGGGAAGGCUUUGUGGUGGUCCAGCUGCCUUCACCAGUGUGUAUCUCUGAGUUGCAACUUUACUUCCCCAGUGCUGAUACAAAUGAUUAUUUAACUUGUUACCUCAUCAUUAGGGACUCUGUACUGCUGGUGUUUACACCGCUUUCCAAAUUUUUCCUUUCAUGAAGUUGUAUAAAGAGAAGUGGUGGAACACUCACAUAAUUUCUGUCUGAAUCACAUCACAUCUGACUGAAUUUUCUUGUCUCUUCCAUGGCAAGCCCAGGGUUUCGGCUGCUGGGUGCUUUGAAAGGAAGGGUAAUCACUUGGGGUUGGAUGCCAUGCAGCAGAAGUGGAAAUGGCUGAAUUCAGCAAACACUCAGCCAGGGUGAUGUGCUUGGUCUUGGCUCCUGUGGGAGCCAUGACGUGGGGCUCUGACAGCCGAGCCCUGGCAUGGGGACACGCAUGGGGCCAUGGCAGCCUCCUCUGGAAAACACACUGGCUCCCCUUGGGCUGACCUCAAGAGGAGGCAUUUCUUAUUUAUGCAAAGUGUCAGAGCCCAGACUCCAAGAAGGAAAUCUCAAGCAUAUAAAUUUGCACAAUAGUUUUGAUGAAACACUCAAAUUGCAAUGAAAACGGAGCAAGUCAGGACUUUUGACUAGCUGGUCUUUAUUCAUAGAUCCCUUUAGGUUUGUAGGUUAGAGGUUGUGACUUGGGAAAGUUCAGACUCCAGGAAGAGCAGGAUAUUGUUUGCAUUUUGGAGGCAGGAAUUCAUUAGCACGGUCAGAAAGAAGUGUAUUUUUACUUAACAGUACAUGUGUAGUAGUCACAUCCUACUGGUGACUAUGGAUCACCUUGUACCUGAGUGAAACCUGACUGAAACCUCUGAAGGACCACGUAGAACUGACCUUGCUUAGGUAAAAAUCUUUUUCCCAGCUCUCUCACAGCAAAAGAUGCACCCACAUUUUCAGAGAUUUAGCCCAAAGCCAGGUCUAUACUAGAAAACAUUCGCAGCAUCUCAACUUUAGGAAAGGAACAAGGCACUAAAAUUAUUUAGGGAGAGGAAAAAGCUCUUGUGUAGAGACAUUGUUAACUUAAAGUACCUAAAAUGAUGUGUGUGUCUCCUGCACAUCUUGGCAAAAGCAAGAGGACUGUGUCUGUGAAUGAACAGGCCAGCUUCUCUUCUGUCUGAGAGAGAGGGAAUGAGGAUUUGGCCAAUGUAGCAAAAAAAAAAAGUCAAAAGCAGGAGGUCUUGAAAGAAAAACAACCAAAAUAAUCAGCUGCCUGGAGGGACUGGGUUAUAAGGAGAGAUUACAGAAAUGCUUACUCAGUUUGUGAAACAACAGCAAGAGAUGGCCCAAACAGCUGCCUGUGAUGAUUUGAAAGGCAGAAGCACCAGGGAAGUUGAAGUGGGGAGAAAAGCAGAGUAAAGAGGAUAUAACUGAGUAAUGUAAUGGAAAUAGGAACAUGUAUCAGGGAAAGCUUCCAGGGGAUGAGCAGCAUUAGACUUCAGAGGAGGCUCUCAAAGGAAAUGGUGGAAUCCCCAUAAUUUGAAACAUUAAAGCCAGAGUAGACAAAGCAAUCAUGAAUAUGCUGUAGGAAAUAAUCCUACUGUGGGAUGGGAUGAACAUGCUUGUCUGGCACUGCUUAUUCAAAUAUGUACUACUUUUCUUUUUUCCUGUUGAAGCCAAUUUAUUUGUUCCCCUUCACCUCUCCACUUCCAUUCCAUCUAUUUGCAUCUGUCUGCUCAUGUCUCACAAACAGAUCAUGAAAUGUAUUAUUCUUUUGCUGUAUCUACCACAUAUGUGUCUGGAUGGCUCCCUGAUGCUGACUAUAAAUAGCAAAAUAAUUCAUUAGUUAGAUAAAUUAAUCAGGUUUCCCAUUAAUGACAUGAAAAGGGUUCUAUUAUUACUUCCAGGUUGGGUUAUAAUCUCUUUUCAUGCUUAAAAGUCAAAUCCAAACACAUCUUCUAAUUUUUGUCCUGGGGAAGUGGAAGUGGAAGGGGAAGGGGAAGGGGAAGGGGAAGGGGAAGGGAAGCUACUCAGCCUUUCUCACACAUGUUUUUCAUUCUCUGUUGUGCCACCUAAACCAGCACCAUAUUCCAUUUCUCCAAACUGUAUAGACACCUGAGAUCUGUUUAAUUACCAUGGGCACAUGGCAAAUGUCAAUUGCUGCAUAUCUGGGCAUUUGAUUCUCUGUCUUAAUACUUGGAAAUAAUUUGCAUGUCCCUCUCUUAGCUCACUGUGGUUUAUGAAAGUGAAUCCCAGGAAAGCCAAAUGAAUACCAUGGAUAGAGUGAUCUACCUCAGUGUACAGGAAAGUGUGCAGCAAAUCCUGGACAGCUGAGAGGAAACUUCAGCCAUUUUCUUGCUUUCCACCACUGCAGAUGAGCUGUGGUGGUGGGGGAACUGUGAAGUUCCUUUCUCCUCCUGUCCCUGUGCCAGAGCUUACUGGCCUCGUAGCACAGCUGGCAGCAGGGAACAUGAAUUCAUGCCUGAGCUCUUUCUGCACAUAGUUUGGCAUAUUAGCUCACAUGCUGAUGAAACUGGAUUUGAGCUAAGAUGCAUAAAAGGGAAUUUUCUUGGCUAAAUGUGAGGUACUGCAUAGAAAAAUGAAGGAAAAGGAAACCUUGGGAAAUAUAUUUUCCCUUAAUAUAUUAGAUGGUUCUUUCUCUGUGUUGUAUUUCCAUUGUUCUUAAAGGAGCUAUUUGAUUAUUAUACAUUUAAGGUAUUUUUUACAAUGGUCUUUUGUGCAUUUUAAUAAUUUUCAUACAUUGUUCUUUUUAUUAAAAGUAAAAAUCUAAUAAAAAACUUUCCUUGGCACAGUUUAAAUUAACUUUGGUUUUAAAGUUAGUCCCACAUAAGAUGUAUUUAUUAGGCUCCUGCAGUCUGGCAAAGCCUGUUUACACAAAAUAAAGAUCCUCCCCACUGCUCUGUUUGAGGUUGGAACUGAUAACACAUUUCACAAGUUCAGAGAAUUUGAGGGCACUGGAAUCUAGAGAUAGGAAAUGUCCUGAUAUUCUGUAAGAAUAUUCUGUAAUACAGUAAAAGAUCCAAACACACACAUGCACAGCUGGUCUCUCACACUCUCAUCAAGAUUUGAAGCAUCUGUGAUGCUUACAGUUUUUGGAAAAGUCAUCAGCUUUUCUUCAAUAAAAUUUUUAAACUUUUUAGUGAAUUUUUUAAUCUACCGAAGUAGAAAUGUGAAGUUGAGUAUAGGAGAGCAAAUUUCCUGGAGUAAAUUCCUCCACUUUUUUCUGUUGAUUUUUGUUUUGUUUUGGUUUUUCUUUUGCCUGUA